AGGCUUAUCUUAAACAAAAGAGUCCACACAAUAACACAAAAACAAACGAUUCUCACUUCUUGACACACUUCAUCAUCAUCUCUUAAUGGCUUCCUCUUCUUCCUUCCUCUACACCACAUUCUCCCACAUUUCAUCUCACCCUCGAACUCCAAAAAGAAAUGCUCGCUUAGUGUCCAUCAAAGCCGAAAAAUCAUCCGAACCAAAGAGCGAAAAGCCUGCACAGGAAAAACCACCAGAGGCUUCCACUAAACAAACAUCAGCAACGCCUAAAAUACAGCUCCCCAAGAAACCUGUCUACUCUAUGAAGAAAGGUCAGAUUGUGAGGGUGGACAAGGAGAAAUAUCUUAAUAGCAUCAAUUACUUGUCUGUCGGACACCCGCCAUAUUACAAAGGCUUGGAUUACAUAUAUGAAGACCGCGGCGAGGUUUUGGACUUGAAAAUCUUUGAGAGUACCGGAGAAUAUGCACUUAUUGCAUGGGUUGGAGUUCCAACUGCACCAGCUUGGCUUCCUACAGAGAUGCUCAUCAAGUCGGACAAGCUCGACUAUGAAAGAAUUUGAUUAUGCUGUGCAGGAUCACUGGAAAACGCAACAUAUGUGUUUUUUUUUCUUUUACUGUUUUGUACAUCAUAGAACAGAGUCUGAGACUAAAAUGGUUUCUUGAUUAACAUUGUACCAACAGUUUAGAGGAGGAAAGGAGAGAAAUCUUGUGAAAAUAAGAACUUUACAGUAUUAUUUGUAACUUUA